CGACGUAGAGUCCCUCAAGGAGAGACACCUUCAGCAUGGCCCAUAAAAGCCAGGCUGGUGGAAUUGAGAAGAAUGGGUCGCUUCCCUCCAUCCUCUACUGUAAGAGUGAUUUAAAGGAAGGAUCCCUGCAGGGGGUGAAAGAACCCCUCAAUGGCCAGGUGCUCAUGGUGCUCAGCAUGGACAACAACUGCUCAGCCACCUCCUUUGACAUGGAGCUUUGUGCAGAGAAACUGAAGGCUCUUGGGGUUCAGGUGGCAGCGGGUCAGUGGGCGAGGUUAAUCCAGGAUGCUGUCCUGAAGCCUGAAGUGAGACGGUACAUGUUCUACAACUCCAGGGUGUUCCAGAUAGCCAUUGCUGUGGUUUUCUACAUGUCUCUCUGGACAAACAUUUACUCCACAGUCCAGCUGUGUUCCUUUGGACGCUACUGGGAGGCCAGCGUGCUAGUGACCCUGGCUGCUGUAGCAGUCACUGUAGUUGUGAUACUGGUUAUCGAUUGUCACCAGAGGAAGAUAAAUAUGAAUACAGAUGUGAGGCUGGCAGCUGUCAAUGAAAUCUUUAUCAAACACAGUUUAAUACUGGGGAUUACAGAUGCCUUGGAUGGGCCACACAACAUCCUACAACUGUGGUUUGUGCACUUCAGCCUGGAGCGCUGCCUCCAGUCCUUGUCAGCCCACAUCACCGACCUGCAGAGGACACGAGAGAUGGGCUUGCGGCACAGCCUGGACCAGCUCUGUGUGGUUAUGGAGGCGGUGGUUCAGCCUGACCCGGUGAUGGAGGAGGAGUCUUCGCGUGAAGAGUCCCCUCUUUUAUCCAGUGAAGUGAACCUAAAUAAAGAGCCUGUGACAUGCAACGAGCUGCUCUGCCUCGUUCCCGAGGGCCCACCAGAGGUGAUGGCCCAGCAGCUCCUGGUGAUCUUCAGUGGAUGCUACGUCCGGCUCCUGGUCACUGGCCGGCUCCCUCGGGCCGUGGCAGGGGGACACCUGGAGGACAGCAGCGUGCCCUGUCUCUGCCAGUUCAUCGUGACCACUGCGCUCAACACACACCAGAGCUGGUUCACAGGCAGGUGA